AUGGAGGGGAUAGGAGGUCCGCCUUCUUCUCAAGGGAAUGAGGGAUCAGCGCCUGCUGAUCAGACAUCCGCGGAUAAUGGGGAGUUGGCCCCGACCUUCAACUUCUCGCUCGACGAUGAGUGGAUCGUGGCGAAGAAGGUGUCAGAAAGAGGAAAAUCGGCCCCAAGAAAGAGCAGUAUUGUCCGAAGAGUCAUUUUCUUGUCGAUGAUUUGCCCGAUUCUUUUUGGCUUGCGGUGCUUCAUGGCAUUUGAGGGCGCCACACCCCCAUUGCAUCCCCUUCACGCCUCCCCCCAAGGAACUGUUCCUCCUCUCAUUCUCGCUGGAAAGAUAUAUUUUAUGACAGAAUGGGUCCCUACUCUUUUGAUUCUUCUCACUUUUUGGCACCGGAAAGGUACAAGCGCUAGGGGACCACAGCGUCGCCGCCCACCACUUGCAGCCGAUGCUGACGACGAAGCUGCGGGCGGGAGCUUCGACUCAGCAAUAAUGGCUCCUCUGAUGCAGCAGAACGUAUACCCGUUUACCCCUUCUCCACCUCACCCUCAGGCGCACGACCAGAUUGCCCACGGCCCUGCUAUGCCUAGCGAGGUGUAUCCGCAGCUCAUGCAUUCACAGGUUCCUUACAGAGACUCUUUUUCGAGUUACGGACAGACGGCUUCACCAAGUGGUUUAUACAACCCACAGUAUGCCGAAUCAAGGCAGCGCCAGUAA